AUGAGCUACGCUUUACGCAACCGCAAUGGCACUGUCGCUGCUGACGACAAGGAGAACUCAGCUGCCAAUCAUGUCGCCAAUCUCGCCAAUCUCAAGGACCAUAUUCAAGGCAACAAAGAAAACGUAGCAAAACCAACCAAAAAGACCAUCAAAGGCAAGGCUCCUUCAGCUGCAGAAGAAGUAGUAGCCUCGCCAAAGAAGGAACCACGUCGACCUGUCUUGGGAAACAAGGAGAAUGACCCAAACUUGCACCAAGUCAAGGAGGGUGUAAACUCAAAAGUCGGUAAACCAAAGGUGGCUCCUGGUCAUAGCAAAGUCGUCAAACCCAAGUUGCCUCCUGUUGUUGAAGCUGAACCUGAGGUAGUAGUGAAAGAAGCUCCUCCACGCAAGACCAGAUCAAAGGCUGAGGCUAAGGCUGAAGCUGCCGCCGCUGCCAUCAAGGAACAACAUCAUCCAGUUGCACCCAAACCUCAAAACCCUAUCGAAAUCGACCAAACAGAAACCGCCAAACCAAAAGAAGAAGCUAGAGCCGUAAAAGCAUCAAAUAAAGCAGCACCCAAACCGUCAUCAGCUCCUAAAGUUGUCGUAGCACCCAAACCACAAACUCCCAUCGCUCCACCUCAACCUGUACUUCCGGCAGCUCCAGAAAACGAUUGGGAAGACUUGGAUGCUGAUGAUAUCAAUGAUCCCGUCAUGGUUGCUGAAUAUGUUGUCGAGAUCUUUGAAUACAUGAGGCGUUUAGAACUUCGAACAUUGGCCGAACCAAACUAUAUGGAACACCAACAAGAACUCACCUGGCAAAUGAGAAGCAUUCUCAUCGACUGGAUUGUUGAUGUCCACAACAAGUUCCGUCUCUUGCCCGAAACGCUAUAUCUCACAGUCAAUAUCAUCGAUCGAUUCUUGUCUGCUCGUGUCGUGUCUCUAUCAAAGCUUCAACUGGUUGGUAUCACCGCUCUCUUUAUUGCUUCCAAAUAUGAAGAAAUCGUUGCCCCCAGUAUUGAUAAUCUGUUAUAUAUGGCUGAACAUGGUUAUACUCAAGAAGAAGUGGUCCGAGCUGAACGAUAUGUAUUAGGUGCUCUCGAAUUCUCCAUUCAAUACCAAAGCCCUAUGAGCUUCCUUCGACGUGGAUCCAAGGCUGAUGGUUAUGACAUCCAGACUCGUACCUUGGCCAAGUACCUAAUGGAAAUCAGCAUUAUUGACCAGCGCUUCCUUGUAUGUCCACCAUCGGAAAUCGCAGCGGCAGGAUUGUUCCUGGCUCGUCGAAUGCUUGGUCGUGAUGAAUGGGACGCCAACUUGGUACAUUACUCUGGAUAUACUGUAGAGCAACUUGAUCCGUGUGUAACACUCAUGCUCGACUUUUUGGGCACGCCUACUGCUCAUGAUGCUGUUUACCGCAAGUACUCGGGUAAAAAGUUCAUGAGAGCAAGUGUGUUUGUUCGACAAUGGAUUGAAACCAAUCCAGUGGCUGCUCCAGUCGGCAACAACGAUGAAGCCCCAGCCACAGAAGAAGCAGGACCAAGUUCCGAAUAA